AUGUCUUGCCACAGUGAGUCCUGCAGAGCCUGUGGGGUGACCUGUCCUCAGCCAAUUGCCGAGAGCUACAAUGAGCCAUGUGUGCAGCAAUGCCCUGACUCCAGAGUAGUGAUCUUCCCCCCACCAGCUGUGGUGACAGUCCCGGGCCCCAUACUCAGCUCUUUUCCUCAGGAGAGCAUUGUGGGAUCAUCAGGCCCAGCCUGGUUGGGGAGUUCCUUUAGUUCCCGAAGCUCCUGGGGCUAUGGGGGCUCCUUGGGCUUGGGGAGCUACGGGGGUUACGGGAGCUCCCUGGGCUUGGGGGGUUCCUCUGGCUAUGGGGGCUCCCAGGGUUAUGGGAGCCCCUUUGGCUUGGGAGGCUAUGGAGGCUACAGGCGCUCACUUGGGUAUGGCCGUUCCCUAGGUUAUGGAGAUGAUAUGGGCUAUGGGGGCUCCCUGGGCUGUGGGGGUCAACAUGGGUCCAGUGGCUUUGGCAAUUUUGGGAGGUCCUACAGCUCUGGCUUCUCCUCCUGUGGCAUGGGAUAUUACCUCCCUGGUGCCCAGAGGUGGGGCAGGUCCCACCGCAGGAGCUGCGGGGCUUUCUAAAGCCCCCAGGAUGGCACCCAGAACCAGCAACAGCCCUGAAGCAAGGACCAUGGCAUGAGGACGUGGAGCAAGAGCCAUGGGGACCAUCAGCAUGCAUCAGCUGCCCUGGCAUGGAGCCAGGAGGAGGCUGUGUGUGCCCAGCAGCCCACUACCCUCUGCCAUAGUGUGCCCCGGCUGCAUGGCUGAGCCUCAGUAUCCCCUGCAUCCCCCCAUCACCUCAGCUGUCCCCUGGGUCCUGAGCAGGGCACU